AUGCUAGCUGCCAUCGCUCGUGUGAGUGACACAUGUCACACGUGUGCCUCCCUGAAAAAGCUCCCACCUCAAGUUGUACAGCAUAGCACGGAAGAACCACCCAAGGUCGUUGGAGUUUCAUUUGCCGCAGAUGUCCUUAAGCGGUGUAAACAAACUAUCAUAGUCGUUCGCGAAACAACAACAUCCUUUACCGCAACGUCUAUCAUCCACGACGAGAAAGCCAACACACUUCGUGAUGCUCUAGCUAAGUUAUGCAGCGAGCUGCACCCCAUGGAAGGUCCACCGGCCAUCAUCAGAGUCGAUCCCGCCCCUGGUUUUGUUGCACUGCGAACCGACCCAACCCUUAAACGCCUCGGCUUAUCCCUAGAGAUCGGACGCGUUAAAAACUCUAAUAAAAACCCAGUGGCAGAGAAGGCCAUCGCUGAACUCGAAGAAGAAAUCCUCCGCCAAGCACCCAAUGGUGGUCCAAUAUCGACUGUUACCCUUGCCAUCGCAACAUCUCGACUAAAUUCCCGCCUCCGGAGAGAAGGACUCUCGGCUCGCGAGCUGUGGACACAGCGAGAUCAGUUCACUCAUAAUCAACUUCCCAUAUGUGAUCGCAAAGUAAUCCAAGAGCAACAUUUACAACGAAAACAAAACCACCCGUAUAGUGAGAAAUCGAAAAACCGAAAUAGGAAUGCGUCUGCAUCUCCUACAAUUAACGUCGGGGACUUGGUUUAUUUAGUCGCUGAGACACAACCCCGCAGUAGAUACUUGGUCAUAUCUGUGGAAGAUCCAUGGUGUGUCAUCAAGAAAUUUUCAGGUAAUCAACUGCGUGCUACAUCAUAUAAAGUUAAAACUACUGAUUGCUUGAUCGUCCCAAACCGGUCAAUAUCGAGUACACCGUAUCCCCGUCGUGACAGGGACAGUUCCGAUGAAGAAGUGUGUGAAGAAUGCCCAUAUCAGACAAGUAACGUUCCGCCCACGUUAAUAACCCCAGCCGACAACAGCACCUCGCCAACCACUACUCAGCGCCCUCAUGCAAACGCCAGUCUCCAGAUUAUUAUGGAUAUUAGAGAACAAAGUAGUACGUAAAUUGUUUAUAUUGUAGUUAUAGUAACAGUCAUCUUUCGUUGACACUAAUUUAAGAAGAAGAAGAUACCACGCCAUAUAUGGCAUAUUGAUAUUGUUUAAUUAACAGCAGUAAUUAUAUAUUGACAUUAUCAUAAACACCGGAACUUCCGGUUUAUCGCUAGUCACUCAAUGUGACUGCUUGUACUUCGAGAAUACGAAUUGCUCUGUAAAAACAUACAGUUUUAUCGUUCGUUAUUUAUGAGUCUUUCUUCUUUACUGGCGCUGAGGAAAAGCAACACGACUGUACAGGAAUUUAUCACACGGUCGAGGGAUAUACGAAUUUUGUAUAAGGGAUAGACACUCCCAACCAUUUAGGUUAUGAUGGAAGGGGCGUUAGGAUUUUUUGUUUUUCAGAUUUUGCCAUGCUUUGGAUCGGCUUUUGCGCCAAAAAUAUGCGGUUUCUCGGUCUUCGUUGUUUUUCCGUUUUUCAGUAUUUGGUUAAUUUUCGGUUUACAACCUGGAGUUUGCGUCACAACUUUGCACUAAGAUUGGUUGCUAAGGCAGUUUUCAAAUAGAUCGGCCUCAGACGUAGUUGUUCAACAUGAACUCGACCUCUCAUGAGUUUACUAUAUGAGCAAGUUGGUAUUGUAAACACGUCCCAAUAUACUGAUACAAUAAAUUCGCGAUUCUUCCCAAAACCACAAACAUUAGACAAGACUUUUGGGCAUAAAGGUAUAAUGGCCUAAAGAAGGAUGGGUUUGGGAGAAAAAAGGUUGUCAAAUUUAGGUUAGGGUUAGAUUAGGGUUAGAUAAGGGUCAGAACAAGACUAGAUCAGGGUGAUUAGAGUCGGGGUUAGAUUAGGGUUUAGGUUAGGUUUUGUGGUUUUGAUGAUUUUUUGUGUGAUUUCUAAUCUGUGAUGAGAGGAGAUGUUAGUAAUAUUUUAACUUACAAAACUGAUAGACAUUAAGUUUUCUGUACAUAAAACCUGUUUUGUCUCGUGUUUUUCAUUAAUGUGGUAAAAAAGUUUGUAACCCUCGCUGCACCUGCGCGCGAUUUUCUUUUUCUGAUGCAUGCGAACAACGGAACAAGUAUGUGAGUCAUGAGUCAUGAAUGUUCUCAGCACAUAUUCCCUCAUCUGAGCAUUUAUUACUCGCCCACUCUUUUACAUCCAUCAGAAGAAGAAAAGUCGCAGAUACCUCGGAUCAAUUGGGCAAUGAGCCUGUUGGGAAAUCCGCUGACAAUUCAAUGAGUGAGAAACUCAAUUAUAAUAUAGCAUUUGUAAAUUCUGAGCGCUGAUUGGCUAAGAGCCGUGUUGAUAUAACUCAAUGUCAAAACGGGAAGUCGGAAACGUUGGAAAAUUUCUUUCUCAGUAUAUUCUUUUGUGCUAUAUUAUAAAACAAAUAUAAAACAUUUUUUCUGUAUUAAUAUAUAGUUAUAUCAACACUCGUGGAAAUUAGGAAAACUCGAAAUUGUGUGAAAACGCUCCGGAAAUUGCUAGAUAGUAUACUUCAAAAUAAGGUUUCCGUUUUUAUAUCAAUUUUUUAAAUAAGUUAGGGUUAGGUUAGAGUUGGGGUUAGGGUUUAGUUUUCCGUUAGGAUGGUUUUUUCUACGUUAUAAAAACGGAAGCCUUAUAAAAACGGAAGCCUUAUAAAAACGGAAGCCGUUAUAAAAACGGAAGCCCACACAAUUUCUCGUUUUCCCAAUUCCCACUCGUGUUGAUAUAACUGUAUAUCAACACGGAAAAUGUUUUAUAUUUGUUAAUUAAUAAACUCCAACACUUUUUAUGUAUCAUAUCAUGAACGAUUGUUUUAAAUUAGGCACAGCUUAUAUGUUCUUUCCAAUUUUAUUUCUAGAUAUAUAAUUGAACUAAUACUUUUUCUGUUCUGUUCUGUUCAAAACAGGUCUUCGAGCAUUCCAAAACGAUGCUUUACAAGCGCACAAUAGAUACAGACAGACACAUAAAGUUCAGGCACUCAAAUUAAAUCGCGGUCUUAACCGUCAGGCCGGACGUUACGCUCAGAGAUUGGCCCAAACUGGAUUUUACAAGGUCAAACGUGAUCCUUAUAUUGGUCCGGGAGUUGGCGAAAAUCUUUUUGUACAAUGUGGCAAUCACAUCACCGGAAGUGACGUAACAAAGGCAUGGUAAGUUCGCUGGGUUUGUGUUUAUAAUAGACGUUUCCGAGCAUUGUGGUUAGACUAAUUUUAUAGUCUAUGUGAUAUGUUUGUGUGAAAUUUCGUUGGAUAAGAAAUUUUAAAAUAAUAUAGGCCAUUGCAUUGUCAAGAAAAUUCAAACUGACAAAAUAGAAAUUUUGCCAAACUGAGAUAUUGUACAAAUUAUACUCACCAUGACAUUACAUUGCACUAAUGACUUUCUGAUAAAACUUCACAAAAAAAUUCACAAUAAAAUUUGAAAAACAUCCUCGAAUAUAGAGAAUCCAUCUCAUAAAAUGAAACCGCGCAUAAUUAAUGUGUCAUGUCAAAAAUGUAUUUGUACAUGUCAGCGUGUUAUAAAAUUGUUUUAGCUAUACAGGGUGUAUCAAAAAAAAGGAGACCUUUAGAAAUCAAGCAUAUUGUUAAAAUUUGAAUGCCUUUUCAGUUGCACAUAUGCUGAACCGUAGUGCGUGAAAUAUUGAUGGUGCAUAUAUUAGAAAAAGGAGACCUUUAGAAUUUGAAAUAACGUUUAAACAAAAGAUUGUCUGCUCCUGGGAACAAUCUGCUAUGUGCUUAGCAAAGUGCUCCAGGAUUCAAGGUCUCCUUUUUUUUGAUACACCCUGUAGAGCGUUUGCACAUGACGUCACCGAGUCGCUAUGUUGGUGUUCCAAUUCAAUAGAAUUUUAAUUAGACUCUUUUGUCUGGAACACGAACAUGGCCGCCAUGGCUUUUGUUCAGUUGGUCCCUGGGGAAUGAGUGCAAACGCUCUAUAGAGAGCAAUUAUACAAUUUGACUUCAUAGUAAAGAUAAUUUGCAUGUUACCUUGGCUAUUGAGCCUCGUUUUUAUGACUAGGACGCUGGGCUUGAACUAAUAUCAUGUACUUGAAAACGAGUCUCUAUAGCCAAAGCGACGUAUGCUUUCUGGAAGGGUGUAUUCGGACACAUGCAAAGUAUUGAACUGUCUAAUCAUUAUUUGUGUUUCACUUGUAGCCCUAAAAGAACUGUCGCUAAAUCAUUUUUCUGCCGGCAUAUUUUGUCUUUUGUGUAAAGCGAACUAAACAAAAGUUGACUUAUAAGGGAUUAUAUUUUCUAGCUUGAGCGAGUCAUCAAUAUGGCGGAUUUAUAAGACUUGUAAUGCACACAGGAGAAAAAAUGAAGACAUCGAAGGGAAGAUGGCUGUGAAACUCAUUAGAAUAACAAUAUUUAGUAUAAUUACAUAGGUGAUUAUUGAAAAUUCUCCACGCUGAUUGGUUACCGUUGAGGUGAUUAUUACGCGAUAAUCACCUAAGCGAUUUUCAAAAUGGCGGCUUAUUCACCGAUAAUCACCUCGCCUUCCGCGAAUAAUUGUUAAAUAUGACUCAUCUAUCUUAUUCAACAUUUUUUUCGUAAAUCUGGUCCUUCACCGUCACGUGCGUACAGUAUUUUUGCCAAAACCACCAAUAGCAAUUCCCAAUUUACCCUGUUAUUCGACUCAUGGAUAGGUAACUUUCCUAAAACAUUGCUGUUGGUUAGUUGGGCAAAAAUGCAAUACGCACGUGACUGUGAAGGACCAGAUUUAUGUGAAUAAAUGAGUUUCACAGCCAUCUUGCCUUCGAUAGGCUAUGGUUUAACCUUGUAUUAUGUUUGUAGGUACAGCCAAGUUUGCGGCUACAAUUUCGACACGCCAUCAAAAAGUCGUGGCUACGUGGAUUAUUUCACGCAACUGGUCUGGCGACCAACAUCUCAUUUAGGCAUCGGUCGAGCUUUCGGCUAUACAGAUGGCAUGAAAUGCACGUAUGUCGUAGCGAGGUAUUUCCCGGCUGGGAAUUAUCUCGGUCACGAAAGAAAGAAUGUGUUCCGUGGACAGUAUAAUCCUGCGAUGUGUGGUGGAGGUUUUGGCGGUGGAGGUUUUGGAGGUGGAGGUGGUCAGGAAGGUGGUGGAGGAGGUGGAGGUUUUGGAGGAGGAGGUGGUCAGGGAGGUGGUCAAGGAGGUGAAGGAGGUGGAGGAGGAGGCGGUCAGGGAGGUGGUGGAGGUUUUGGAGGAGGAGGUAGUCAGGGAGGUGGUCAGGGAGGUGGUCAGGGAGGUG